AUGGGCCACCGGGAGGUCCAGGAGGCGCAGGUCCAGGAGGCGCAGGUCCAGGAGGCGCAGGUCCAGGUGCAGGUGGUGCAGGUGCAGGUGGUGCAGGUGCCGGGGGUCCGGGAGGUCCAGGUCCAGGGGGGUCGUCUAUCAUGGCUAGCACCUCACCUGCGCCACGGCCACGGCCUCGCCCACCGCUUCCACCUCACCCCUCAUCGUCUGGUCCAUCGCCUGAGACUACCGGGGCUGUGCAUCCACCUGGUCCAACGCCAAUGCCAUCCGCGCCGCAGGAGUCGUCUUCAGUCGCACCUCAUCCCAGGCCACCCCCUCCUUCUCCUCCUCCAGGCGUCUCUUUUGCGACUCCUCCGUCUUCUGGGGCUCCUACCACGCCCCAUCCUAGGCCUCCACCCCCUCCACCUCCUCCCCCCUCUUCUGCAGGGCCCCAAUCUUCCGAGGAGGCUCCUCCCAGGCCAACACUCUCCCAUACAUCAGCAGCCACUUCUCCUGAAGCAUCAUCGCCUGGGGUUCCAAGCACGCCGCAUCCCAGACCACCCCCACCUGGGCCUCCAGGAACCUCUCCUGAAGCGUCAUCAUCUGAGGUUCCAAUCACGCCCCUUCCCAGGCCACCACCCCCUCCAGCUCCAGCUACCUCUUCAGCAGUAUCAUCGUCUCCUGGAACGUCAAUCACGCCUCGCCCCAGGCCACCGCCGCAAUCACCUCCAGGGACUACCCCUGAAGCUCCAGCCACGUCCCCUGCAGCUUCGUCGUCUCCCGAGGUUUCAGUUACGCCUCAUCCUAGGCCACCGCCCCCUCCACCUCCGGAAACUACCCCUGCAGCUUCGCACCUCGCCUGCAGCAUCAUCGCCUCCUGGAACGUCAAUCACGCCUCGUCCCAGGCCACCGCCGCAUUCACCCCCAGGAACCUCUCCUGAAGCCCCGGCCACCUCUUCUGCAACACCAUCGUCGUCUCCAGAGGUUCCAGUUACGCCCCAUCCUAGGCCACCGCCGCCUCCGCCUCCAGAGACCACACCUACAGCUCCAUCGUCGUCUCCUGAGGCCCCGGUCACACCCCACCCGAGGCCACCACCGCCUCCACCUCCGGAGACCUCUCCUAAAGCUCCACCAUCGUCUCCCGAGGUUCCAACUACGCCUCAUCCCAGACCACAGCCCCCUCCGCCUCCAGAGACCUCUCCGGAGGCUCCAUCGUCAACUCCAGAGGUUCCAAUUACACCCCAACCCAGGCCACCGCCUCCAGAGACCCCAACGUCGUCUCCCGAGGUUCCAGUUACGCCCCAUCCUAGGCCACCGCCUCCUCCACCUCCGGAGACCUCACCUACAACUCCAUCAUCGUCCCCUGAGGUUCCAGUUACACCCCACCCGAGGCCACCGCCACCUCCGCCUCCGGAGACCACUCCCGAAGCUCCAUCAUCGACCCCAGAGAUUCCAACCACGUCUCAUCCUAGGCCACCUCCACCCCCACCUCCAGAGACCACCCCUGAAUCUCCAUCGUCGUCUCCUGGAAUCUCAACUACACCUCAUCCCCGACCACCUCCACCCCCACCUCCAGAGACCACUCCCGAAGCUUCAUCGUCUCCCGAGGUUCCAACUACCUCUCACCCCAGGCCACCACCGCCUCCGCCUCCAGAGACCUCUCCAGAGGCUCCAUCGUCGUCUCCUGAGGCCCCAGUUACGCCCCAUCCCCGGCCUCCCCCACCCCCUCGUCCAUCAUCUCCUGAGGCUCCCUCGUCUCCCGAGAUUUCCACACACACCAGUCACUUCUGCUACCACUCCGACUACCAUCAUACCUGUGGUACCAACGAGUCCUUCAAUCCCAACCACGUCAAGCACUCCUCCAGUGAUAGCACAUUCUACUGCUCACACCACACACCCUCUGAGUACUACAACGCCUGGGGCUCCAACUACUUCACCUAUAAUUCCAACUACAUCGAGCACUUCUGUAGCUUCGACCAGUACCCCUGCAGGUACGACCACUCCCGGGGUCCCCGUCAUCCCACCUAUCAUCCCAACGACAUCAAGCACUCCCGGAGUCCCCGUCACCCCACCUAUAAUCCCAACGACGUCAACCACCCCCGGGGUCCCGGUCAUCCCUCCAAUAACCCCAACGACGUCAGGCACUCCCGUGGCUUCACCCAGUACCCCUGCAGGUACAAGCACACCAGGGGUCCCGGUCAUCCCUCCAAUAACCCCAACGACGUCAGGCACUCCCGUGGCUUCACCCAGUACCCCUGCAGGUACAAGCACACCAGGGGUCCCGGUUAUUCCCCCUAUAACCCCAACGACAUCAGGCAUUCCCGUGUCUUCACCCAGUACCCCAGCAGGUACAACCACGCCCGGGGUUCCAGUCAUCCCACCUAUAGUUCCAACGACGUCAGGCUCCCCCGUGGCUUCAACCAGCACGCCCGGGGUCCCGAUCAUCCCUCCAAUAAUCCCAACGACGUCAAGCACCCCUGCAGGUACAACCACGCCCGGGGUUCCAGUCAUCCCACCUAUAGUUCCAACGACGUCAGGCUCCCCCGUGGCUUCAACCAGCACGCCCGGGGUCCCGAUCAUCCCUCCAAUAAUCCCAACGACGUCAGGCACCCCGGUGGCUUCGACCAGUACCUCUACAGGUACAACCACGCCCGGGGUCCCGGUGAUCCAACCUACAACCCCAACGACGUCAGGCACUCCCGUGGCUUCAUCCAGUACCCCUGCAGGUACAACCACGCCCGGGGUCCCGGUCAUCCCACCCAUAACUCCAACGACAUCAAGCACCUCUCCAGUGGCUUCGACCAGCACUCCCGCAGGUACGACCACACCUGGGGUCCCAGUCAUCCCACCUAUAAUCCCAACCACGUCAAGCACUCCCGUGGCUUCCACCGGUACCCCUGGGGGUACAACCACGCCCGGGGUCCCGGUGAUCCCACCUGUCAUCCCAACGACUUCAAGCACUCCUGGGGCUUCGACCAGUACCCCUGCAAGUACAAGCACCCCCGGAGUCCCGGUCAUUCCCCCUAUAAUCCCAACCACGUCAAGCACCCCCGGGGUCCCGGUCAUCCCUCCAAUAACCCCAACGACAUCAAGCACCUCUCCCGCGGGUACAAGCACGCCCGGGGUUCCAGCCAUUCCCCCUAUAAUCCCAACGACACCAAUCCCACCUCAUACCCCAACCACCCCUCCAACAAACACAACCAUAACCGUCAUCCCAACUCCAUCAUCAACCCCACCCACAUCAAGCAGCACUCCCACCAAACCACCAACAACCCUAACAACCUCCACACUCCCAAUCUCAACCCCAACUACACCAGCACCAUCAACCACCCCCCUUCCAAGCUCCACGCCCGUUCCAGCCUCGUCAUCCCCAUCAAUAGUAACAGUCACCUCACCCGUCACCGCUCCAGUUCCCCCACCUAUAACAACAAUCGUGACCACGCCCUGUGAAACCACAUCCAACUCAACAACAGCAGGAGCAACUACGCACAGCAGCAGCAGCAGCGGAGGAGCGAUCCCCACAAACGGGACGAUAUCCACAAACCAGAC